CGCUUGGCUGCCUUAUCAUCGCUUCCUUAUUGCCAAACCUGCAAAGACAGGGCUGCACUGAAUGCAACGUAAUUUUGACCCAUGUUCCAUUAGCUGAGCGGCCCAGAGGGCACGAGGCUUCCGCGCGGGAUUGUAAUGCUACACUGUCCUCCCUCUCCGGCCAGUUCAUCCUCAGCAGCGCAGAGCAAUGGACCUGAAACCGUAGGGCUCCUCCAACACAGCAUAUCUGCAGUCACCUGCGACUCCAAUAGGCAAUCAAUAUUAAUAGAGUAUUUGUAAGGAGGAUUACAGCCAUACGGCAAUACGUCGCGGGGGGGAAGACUGGAAUUAUGAAGCGCUGUCAACAUGUCUAAGGCCACUGUUAAGAAGCUGCACUGGCGCUCAAAAGUGCAGGAGAGCUUCGUCCCACUGGGCGGAGCCUCGGGAGAGCUUGGUGUGGCCAUUGGAGGUGGUGCAGAUUAUGGAGAGUUCCCAUUUGUUACAGCAGCACCUGGGGGUGGAGCCACUGUUGGUGACGUCAUCUUAGAAAUUGGAGGUACACCUGUCCUGGGAUUGACCUUGGGAGAUGUAAGAGGGGUUCUGAACUCAUGUCCACAUCCCAUUCGGAUCAAAACCGUCUUACCAGGCUCGACUCUCUGUAAGGAUCUGAGACUUUACCUGAGCAAGUGUUUUACCCCUGGAUCAAUGGACAGCCAACUCCAACAGGUCAUACGAGAGAACCUCUACCUGCGCGCCGUGCCCUGUACAACCAGGCAACCGCGGGAUGGAGAGAUCUCAGGGGUGGAUUAUAACUUUGUCUCCAUUGAGGAAUUCUUCUCCCUGGAAGAGUCUGGAGCACUGCUGGAAAGUGGGAAGUUCAAAGGGAACUAUUAUGGCACACCUCGGCCGGUCCACAUUGGUCCUGACAGCCCCCCCAUUACGUACCAGGAACAUCGAAACCUCUUGAGGAAUUUUCGUACCCGCAGCAAAUCGCUCAGCAACCUGGAAAAGGCUGUGGAGGAAGGUGACAACAGCGAGGAAGACUCUGGUCUAUCAGCGGGGUCUGCCGGAGCCAGCAGUGCCCCUCCCACCACCAUUGUCUCACCUAAUCAGACUUGGGACUCAGGCGGUGGGCGGGAUGGAGGGGUUGCCAUGGAGAACGGAGCACGUGGAGGGGCUUUGCCUGAAAACUGGGAGCUGGCGUUCAGUGACACGGGCGAACCCUAUUACAUCAACCAUAACUCAAAGACCACAAGCUGGCUGGACCCAAGGACUCAGGGCAAAGAGAUUGUCAGCAAGACGGAGUUACCUGCAUUCACAGACCAACCAUCUGAACUGAAGGGCUAUUCCAUACACACUCGCCUGUCGAAAGGGCCUCGUGGGUUUGGCUUCAACAUUGUGGGUGGCAGUAGACCUCGUGAGUUCCUGCAGGUGUACAGCGUCACCCCAGGAGGCCCAUCUGCACUCAAAACAGCGGACAUCCUGGUGUACAUUAAUGACUUGUGUGUGCUGGGUCUGUCCCAUAAAGAAGUGGUAGAAAUGCUGAAAUCCGUCCCCAUGGGUCACAGUGUGGAUGUGGUUCUUCGUCGAGGUUACCCCAUGCUCUACAACCCUGAUGGCUGCCCCAAAACAAGCCUCGCAUCCCCUUCCGAUCCAACCAGUGCCAAACCUGCAGCCCCCAGUUCUGCUCAAUCCCAGGUUCAGCAUCCUGAUGGACACCAGCCUGGCUUGGUGAACCUCAAUCGCUCCAUGUCCCACCACAACAACUUCUACCCCCGCAUGCAGAAAGAGGCCUUGGAUGCGAACGGGAACACAGCACCCCAGCCUUCCUACUCAAUGGUCAAUGGAAAUGGAGUGGGAGGGACUUUAGGAUUGGGGGCGGUGCCUUUAACAAAUGCCCCUCCCCCAUCAGAGCGAAUGAGCUCUAGUCACAGCGAUACGGAGGUCAGCUCUGUUGUCACACGCAGAGCUUCCCUUGUCCGAAGCUACAACAACAACACUCUUCCAGCUCCUUCUCACACCCAUCAUAGUUCCAAGUCUUCCGAGAGCGAUCUCUCCUCUGCUACGCUGCCCCUGCCCCGGCCCGAGGUGGGUCCUACCGCGCCGCCACCAGGAGCGCCUAGCACCCAGCGGCCUCCCAUGCCCCAAACAUCUCUUGCCGUCGUACCCCCAACCGAGCACCCACCCUGUGGUUUCAACGGGUGUCCAGCCAACAAUCCCCCGCGGCCUCUUCCGGGUGGCCUAGGGUCCCCCGGAGCCCCGGGUGGGGUAGGUUGUGGGGGAGGGGGUGAGCUGGUACCUGUGGCCUUGGGCAGGAGCGAGGGAGGGGGUAUGGGUUUCAGUGUGACGGCUGGGGGGCAAGGAGGGCAGCUGGCAGUGGUGAAGAGGGUCUGGGACAGACGACAGUGCCCCUCCUUACAGCCAGGGGAUGCCAUUAUUAAAAUCAAUGGCGCUGAUGUGCAGAGCCUCAGCUUCGCACAGGUGCAGCGGGUGCUGCAAGAACAUACCAAACAGGGUGAGGUGGUCUUACUGGUUUACAGAGGAAGUCCUCUUUGCUCCCCAGGCUCCCCAAAUGCCUAUAAAAGACCUCCUCCCUCCCUGGGCACCCCAGAUCUGACGUCACCCUCCUCUGAUGGUGCUGUGCCCAGCCAGAGCACCCUCUCUCCCUCCUCGCCCUGCAGUGACCUCCCCAACCUGGUCCAAAGCACCAGCUUCCUGGACUCUGUGCCCGUGACCCUGACCCUAGAGCCCCGGGACUGGUUAGGGGUUGAGGACGGACCUGCUCAGUGGAGCCGUACUGCUGCCUCUAACCUCGGCGCGGUGUCCAAAAGCCAUGUAGACGCGAGGGGAGUGGUCUCCUCCAGAGCGAUGGAGGUGGAGUUGAGACGGAGACCAGGAGAGGGAUUCGGGUUUGUCAUCGCAUCACAGGACGUAGUGAAUGGAACCUCGUCUCUAGUGUCUCACAGGUUUGUGACGGUGCGUCGGGGGAGUCCAGCUGCACGCAGUGGUCAGAUUCAGCCGGGGGAUCAGCUGGAGGCCGUGGAGGGCAGAUCAGUGGUCACGCUUCCUCACAGAGACCUCGCACAGAUACUGCGCAGAGCUGGCAACAACCUCAGACUCACCAUUAUACCACGCUCUCACACUAACAAUAAUCUGCCUGAGUACCCUGACUUUGAUGCUGAGAGCCGGUUAAGAAAAGGGCAUCGGGCCAAGCAAAAGGAUUCCCAAUUUUACAGUGUUGAUCUUGAGAGGGGCCCAACAGGGUUUGGCUUUAGUUUGCGAGGUGGAAGCGAGUAUAACAUGGGUCUGUAUGUACUUGGUCUGAUGGAGGGCGGACCGGCCUCACGCAGUCAGAAAAUUCAGGUGAGUGAUCAGCUAGUGGAGAUAAAUGGAGACAGCACAGCCGGGAUGACACACAGCCAGGCCGUGGAGCAGAUCCGAAAGGGAGGAGCAUGGAUUCACCUCGUACUGAAGAAAGGCAACGGAUAUGUACCGGAUUAUGACCGUGAAUCUGGAGUUGCUUCCCCCUCCUCCCUCUUCUCCAAGGAGCCGCUUGUGGCAGCAGUUGAUCGCUCUCCUCCGAGGAGCAGCAGACGGGUGGAUGAUAGCGGAUGUGAGAGGAGAGAGAGGAGGGGGGAGGGACGGAGGGAAUCAGAGGGAAGGAGCAGAGAAAGAGGAGCCGUGGAGGGCAAGCGGAGCCGGGCGGAGGAUGUUAGCGCGGCCGGAAGAAGGAGAGAGCAACAGAUGCGUUCGAGGAGUUUGCCUGGCACGUUGAGGGGUCGAGAGGGGCCGCAGAGAAAAGAGGAGGAGGAGGAGAAGGGCACACGGGGGGAAAGGAAGGGAGAGGGGGAACAACGACGGGGAAGGCAGAAAAGCAAGAGCAUGGGGGAGAGAAGACAAAAAGUGAAGGAUGUUAGUUCAGAGAGAGAGAACGGCCUCCCUGAGAGGGAGAAAGGGAGUGUCAGGAGAGAAAAGAGGGAUAACAACGGAACUAGCACAACAGAGGUCACACCACACGCACCUUUCUCCUUCCUCAAGCCUUUGGACAAUGACGAUGAUGGGUCAGGUGCAGAAUCGGCUCACAGCAUCUCUGAAGUCAGCAUCGCAUUCUCCGCUCAGUGGCCUCUACAAGCCCCUGGAUCUUCGACAACACCUCCGGGACCCUGGCUAGUCCCCAGCCCUCACAAACUCUCUCAGGUUUUAGAGAGGAAAAGGCUGAGCCAGAAUAAGGGAGGACUGUGGUCCUAAUGCUAAUUCCCUUAAAAGGAUAGUUCACCUAAAAACUCGCCCUCAUGUUGUUCCAGUCCCGUACGAUUUUCUUUCUUCGAGGAGAAAUUUAGAAGAGUUGUACUGGUUGCUCUUUUCCACAUGAAUGAAUUGGGGGAAAAAAACAUGCAAAACCACCAAAAAAUUGUCCAUACAACUUGUGUACUAUAUUCCAAGUCUACUGAAGUCAUAGGCUCUGUCCCAAGCUGAACCCUAAAGCCCCGUUCACACCAAGGGUGAAAAAUCUAACGAUAACUAUAGACCAUAUGUGCCAGAGAAACAAGCGCGCAGCCAUCUUUAGAAUUUUGUCUUUGAACUUCCGUUAUUGUGGUAGUUCUGUGUUUUUCUAUGGCAUUGCUGUCGAAGAGUAAUUAUUGGUGAAGUGGAUUUACUUAUUGUAGAGUUACCUAUUGUAAUGUUUGACGCGGAUGUCGUAACAAUAGACAGGGAAGAUUUUUAAACGAGUGGUUCAUUUAUAAAUCCGCAAGAUGGAAAUUCUAUGAGAAUAGUGGAGUUCGCACCACAACUACAACGAUUAUGACACGAGAACAAUACCGUUGGAAUCAGUCUCACAAUGUUUUUUUUCAAGCUGAUGAACGAUUAAAAACAUUGGCAGCCAAUCAUAAUCCAUUGUGCUUUAAAGCUACACUGUGUGAUUUUUACCCCCAUCUAGCAGUGAAAAGGUAUAUGAUCAUCCAGUGAAUAUUAGUUUCU